ACAUUUUCCUUUUGUUGAUGCGAAGAAAAAGAAUGACAAGCGUAACAAGUGAGGAAUAUUAAAGAAUUAAUUUGAUUGUUGAAUAUUAAAUUGAAUUGAUUUACUAAUUAAAGGAAGUCGAGUGUACUUUGUGAUUGAUAGGUCAUUGUGCAUUGCGCGUAACUUUUUACGCAGGUGUUGUUUUUUUUUAAAUUGUUUAUGAAGGUGACAUAACCUCAAAAAUUAUCAACGUAAAUGGCUCUUGCAAAUAUUUUAUUAUUGAGCCAAAUUGCGGGCUAUUUUGUUGCACUUAUUUUAUCAUUAUGCAUUAUUGUGCCUAUGAGUUUACAUCAAAGUGAAUUUCGAGGUCACUGUUUAUUAUUUUCCACGGGAAUAUGGCAAGAGACAGACGGUCAAUUUGUUGCUCAUUGGGCAUCGCAACUUUAUUGCAAUUAUACAAUUUUUGUUGGUAUUAUUCUACAUGUUGCAUCGGCAGUACAAAUUUAUCGUCUCUCAAUGUUUAUGAAACGUGGCGAGGAUAGUUCAUUUUUGUCGGCAUUCAUUGACGUUGUCUCAUCAAUAUUUCUCACAACAAUAACACUUAUUGCGGCAAUUUUAAUAACACUUGGAUUUAUGACAUGGUGCCAAUGUAUGACCAAAAGAUUUCCAUCAUGUGAACUUGCCGCUGGUAACGAUAUUGAUAAAGCAGAUGGAAUUAAUACAUCGAGUUUUCAUAUAGAAUUGGGCACCGCUCAAUUUGGUGCAUGGAGCAGUCUUUCAAUUUGGGUUGGACUCUCGGUAUUUGCCGUAUUAAAAUUACUUCGUUAUCAUCAAUUGGAAAAUAUGAAAGUCUCAAUGUAUAGAGAACGACAGAAAUUAAUUGAAGCAGCAACGAGUUCACAGAGUCAGGAUAUCAGUUAAUUUUUUUUCUUUGCUUUUUUUUUCUUGAUAUCAACUUCAAUCCAGUGAUG